UCUUAUUCCUUAGCAGAGUAGACUGAAACGUGACAUGGUUGUUUCGCCGGCAUAUCAUGCGUAUUUUAAACUAUAUUUUAAUCCUUAGGCCAGGGCUACACGCGUGUUUUACGUGUGGCGUAUUAUGCACUGCGUUUUCUCCAGUGAAGUAUAUAUGUAUGUAUCAAUGUAACUAUAUGAGCGCCCGAGAGCGCGUCACUCCGUGUUCCCCACACUUGUGAACUUAUGGUUAGUUGUAUUCAAAAUGCGCAGUUCUUCAGCGGAAAAAACCGGAUACGCCACGUGUUGAACACUCAUGGUAGGAAUAUUCCACAUCUGCGAAUGUUCUUCUCAAUAUGGAUAUUUGUGCUCGCGCAAUUCAAACAUAUCCAGUAUGCUAUCGGAGACGAAAUGAUGCUAGAUUCACCGCGAGGACCAUGCGAAGGUCACAAUCGUACCGAGGACGAUCUUCAAACGUUCGACUUUAUCAGCAAAUUGAAACUGGAUCGCCUAGAAAUGCAUUACGUUGGUGUAACGCGAGUUAGAGGUAGCAAUCGAAUGCAAACUGCCUACAGAUUGGGGAAAGAUGUUGAUGUUACUUUACCAAUAAAGAGCAUACUUCCAAAUGGUUUGCCAGAUGAAUUUAGCAUAGUCUGCACGUUCAGAGCCAGGAAACUACCAAAGUAUGCUUGGCAUAUUAUCAGAAUCAUCGACAUGGAAAACGAGCCCCAGUUUUUAGUAGCAAUGAACCCAGAAACAUUGACCCUGGACAUUUCGAUGAAAAACACGGAAAGAGAAUUGCAGACAUUAUCGUUUUCGGGGGAAAGUCUGUUCAACAAGAAUUGGCACAAAGUUAGUAUCGGGGCGUUCAAGGAUAGACUAGUGGUCCACAUCGACUGCGAGUACACUGGCGUAUUACCGAUGAAACCUCAGGGGCCAAUGAAAGUGGAUGGGAAAAUCUCUAUAUCGAAGAUGUCCAACAGCAUACUCACUGUACCGAUCGAUAUACAGUGGAUGGUCUUAAAUUGUGACCCUACGAGACCGACGCGAGAAACCUGCGAGGAACUGCCGAAGAGCCUUAGCAGUCCUUUAUUACCUCAGAGGCGACCCGCCUGCGAAAUUAUCUGUCCACAGGGGCCGCCAGGAAUUAAUGGCACAGAUGGUUUAGCUGGUUUACCAGGACAAAUUGGACCACCCGGACCACCUGGACAAUCUGGCUUAACCGGACGACCGGGGCCACAAGGAAUACCAGGGGACAAAGGCAGUAUUGGCCCACAAGGAUUAACUGGUGCUCGAGGUUUCCCUGGUCCUAAAGGACCAAUUGGAUUAACUGGACCCCCUGGACUGAAGGGAGAACGUGGUGAACGAGGGGACAUGGGAUUUCCCGGCUUGAAAGGAGAUCAGGGUUUGCUGGGACCUCCCGGCCAUCCUGGCUUACCAGGCCCACCUGGGAAUAUUAGUGACAUUUUAUCGAGAUUCCCUGUAUCAACGGGUCCUCAAGGUUACCCAGGCGAAAGAGGUUCAAAGGGCGAGCAGGGCGAGCAUGGUGACAAGGGAGAACGAGGUGAAAAAGGUGAACAAGGGGAAAAAGGUGCUACAGGCCAAAUCGGAUCUCCUGGAGUUGAUGGGAAUCCAGGUAUUCGUGGAUAUCCCGGUUUAAAAGGAGAGGCGGGGUUAUCAGGAUUACCCGGAUUGCAAGGACUACAAGGUCCUCAAGGUGAAAUCGGAACGCCAGGACCACCUGGAAUUCAAGGUCAAAAAGGAGAACCUGGAGAAUCUGGACGUGAUGGUGCACCUGGUUCAGUAAUUGGUACUAUAGUACCGGGACCACCAGGCCCAGAAGGUCCUCCAGGCGCACCUGGUGAAGACGGUCUUCCAGGAACAAUAGGCGAACAAGGUCCUGUAGGUCCACAGGGUCUUCCAGGACUGGAAGGGAAAAUUGGACCUGCAGGUUUCCCAGGAGCGCCGGGACCACCUGGUAUACCGGGAAAUCCAGGUCCCUCAGGACAACGUGGAGCUGACGGUUUAGUUGGAAUACCUGGACCACCAGGAUUUAAUGGAAAGCCCGGAGAGAAAGGUGAAAGAGGUCCGCCAGGAGAUCAAGGACCUAUUGGAUUAAGGGGUUUACCUGGAAGCACUGGUUCUCCAGGCUUACCAGGAGUUGCUGGAUUCCCAGGAUUAGAAGGACGACCUGGUCAGCCAGGUCCUCCUGGUCCCGCAGGACCACCCGGACCUUCUGGUUCAUCUGCAGACAUUCUAAGCUCAAAGAAUAUCUUGGGAACCAUUGGUAGUCCAGGAGUUAGUGGACCUAGAGGUGUACCAGGUUCUCCAGGAUUGCCAGGUGAAAGAGGACCUCCUGGAGAACGAGGCCCAGAGGGUCCAAUCGGACCAGUGGGAAUGCCUGGGAAGGAUGGAGCACCAGGACUCCAGGGACCACCAGGAAUCAGAGGUCAAACGGGAAUGCCAGGUGUUCAAGGACCAGCAGGCCGCAGUAUCACCGAUACGGAAAUUCGGGAUAUAUGUGCAAGCGUACUAAGAGAGCAGAUGACUGAGAUGGCAGCACUGAUGCAGGGUCCACCUGGUCCAGCAGUCCGAGGCCGUCCAGGUCGUCCUGGAUCACCUGGUCCACAGGGUCGUCCAGGUGAUCCCGGUACGCCAGGUUUACCAGGGGAACGCGGCUUCGUAGGUUUACCCGGACCACAAGGUCCCAUAGGUCCUCAAGGCCCAGCUGGUGAACUCGGUGAGAAAGGUGACAGAGGACCGGAAGGCAUUGGCAUGGAUGGGCCUAUUGGGCCAAGAGGAUUGCCUGGACCACCUGGCAACGAUGGUAUCGGAUUGCCGGGAAGACAAGGGGAACGAGGGGAACCAGGCAGACCGGGUCUGCCUGGAAUAAGAGGUCCGCCUGGGCCACAAGGAUUACCUGGCUUUUGCGAAUUAUGUAAUUAUCCGGGCGCCAAUUACUUACAGUAUACUCGCACCAACGAAAAAGGACCUUGAGAUGGAACAGCAUUUUUAUAAACAUUCAAAGUACAAUUGCCAAUUGACAAGAUCGUGAAGGUGAACUUUUAUACUCGUAUUUUUAAAAACCUUUCAAGGCACUGCCAUAUCAAGACAAUAGUCUGCCAAUAACGUGUAUUUAAGUACGGUAAUUAUAUUUUUCCUUAAGAAUAAAUCAAUGCAAGUUAUUAUUUAAAACGCUCCUAACUAAUGUACUAAAAGUGUACGAAACCUUUGU